CCACCCCCCAAUGUUUUCGUCGUCAUAUCCCCCUGAUCCUGAGGGGGAAUGUCUCCUCUGUGUGAUUUAAAAAUAACACCCUCAUCUCUCCUUCUCACUGACACUCAGUGACACUGUGGAGCAGCAGGAAUGCAAAGAUGGCUACAGACUUGGGAGAGCUACUGGUCCCGUACAUGCCAACUAUAAGGGUGCCGAGAUCUGGAGACAGGGUUUACAAGAGCGAGUGUGCUUUUUCCUACGAUUCUCCAGAGUCUGAAGGUGGGCUGUAUGUGUGUAUGAACACAUUCCUAGGCUUCGGAAGAGAACACGUGGAGAGACAUUACCGCAAGACUGGACAGAGCGUGUACAUGCACCUAAAGCGUCAUGUUAAGGAGAAAGCCACAGGUGCUGCUGGAGGUGCUGUCCCGAGAAGACGGAAUGGAAAAGUGUUUUUAGAUUUAGAACUUAACCGUGAUUUUAACGGGGAUGAUUAUGAAUAUGAAGAUGAAGCCAAGCUUGUCAUAUUCCCAGACCACUUUGAGAUUCCUUUACCAAAUAUUGAGGAGUUGCCUGCACUGGUGACCAUUGCUUGUGAUGCUGUACUAAAUGCUGGAUCUGCAUACAAAAAGCAAGAGUCAGAUUCUUGGGAAGAGGAGCUUCAAGUGUCCAAACAUGCCAGAAGUCUCAGACAACAAGAGAACGGGGUUCGAAUUCCCCCCAGUGGCUGGAAGUGUGCCAAGUGCGAAAUGAGAGAGAACCUGUGGCUGAACCUGACGGAUGGCUCUGUCCUCUGUGGGAAAUGGUUCUUUGAUGGAAGUGGAGGGAACGGGCAUGCCCUCGAGCACUACAGAGAAACCAAAUUCCCUCUGGCAGUCAAACUAGACACCAUCACCCCAGAUGGAGCAGACAUUUAUUCCUUUGAUGAAGAAGAGGCAGUACUCGACCCUCACAUAUCAGAACACUUGACACACUUUGGAAUAGAUAUGCUGAAAAUGCAAAGGACAGAGAAUGGCCACCACACAGAUAACCAUAUGCAGUCACGAGCCAGUGAGUGGGAGGUGAUUCAGGAGUCCAACCUGAAGCUGAAGGCGGUUUAUGGUUCAGGCUAUACAGGCAUCAAAAACCUGGGCAACAGCUGCUACCUCAGCACCACUAUGCAAGUUCUCUUCAGCAUCCCAGAGUUCCAGAGAGCGUAUGUCGGGAAUCUACAGAGAAUAUUUGACUACUCUCCGCUUGAUCCCACCCAAGACUUCAGUACGCAGAUGGCGAAACUGGGUCAUGGACUUCUUUCAGGCCAGUAUUCCAAACCUCCAAUCAAAUCAGAACUCAUUGAACAGGUGAUGAAAGAAGAAUACAAGGUAUUUGACAAGCAGCAGCACAGAGGAAUUUCUCCCAAGAUGUUCAAGGCUCUGGUCAGCAAGGGCCACCCAGAAUUCUCCUCAAACAGACAACAGGAUGCCCAAGAAUUCUUCCUGCAUGUUAUCAAUGUGGUACAGAGGAAUAGUGCUGGAUCAGAGAACCCCAGCGAUGUGUUCCGGUUUAUCGUAGAAGAGCGUGUACAGUGCUGUCAGACACAGAAGGUGCGCUACACCCAAAGAGUAGACUACCUUAUGCAGCUUCCUGUGCCCAUGGAGGCUGCCAUCAACAGAGAAGAGCUGAUAGCGUAUGAGGCUAAGCGGAAGGAUGCUGAGGAGAACAUGCGGGCCCCUCCAGAGCCAGUGAGAGCUCGUGUCCCCUUCACUGCGUGCCUACAGGCCUUCACAGAGCCUGAGAAUGUUCCAGACUUCUGGAGCUCUGCACUGCAGGCCAAGUCAGCUGGAGUGAAAACUUCUCGUUUUGGUUCCUUCCCUGACUACAUGGUUGUACAGCUCAAAAAGUUCACAUUUGGAGUGGAUUGGGUUCCAAAAAAGUUAGAUGUUUCUGUAGAUGUGCCUGAUUUUUUGGACUUGAAUCGGCUCCGGGCCACAGGAUUACAGGCAGGUGAAGAAGAGCUCCCUGACCUUACACCACCUAUUGUCAUUCCCGAGGACACAAGAGACAACUCGAUGAAUAAUUCUUUGGAAUCUCCAGAAAUAGACGAGUCCUCCGUGAUGCAGCUGGCAGAGAUGGGCUUUCCCCUGGAGGCCUGCCGGAAGGCAGUGUACUACACUGGGAACAUGGGAGCUGAAAUGGCCUUUAAUUGGAUCAUCGCUCACAUGGAGGAGCCAGACUUUGCCGAGCCUCUCGCGAUUCCUUCGUACAUGGAGCCUGACCUGCCCAGUCCCAGCCUCCCCACUGCCAGCCCUCUGGACAACCAGCCGCCUGAGGAGAGCAUUGCCAUCCUCACCUCCAUGGGCUUCCCCAGACACCACACCAUCCAGGCCCUCAAAGCCACAAAUAAUAACUUGGAGCGGGCACUGGACUGGAUCUUCACCCACCCAGAGAGUGAGGAGGAGAGUGAGGCCAUGUCAGACAUGGCUGAUACGGAGCCCAACGACACCAGCUUCUCAAAUGCCAACGCACACAGUGACUCCACUCUGUCCCCGGACCAGGAGCUGUCAAGUCCCCGUGUCCGAGAUGGCCCUGGACGAUAUGAACUCUUUGCUUUCAUAAGUCACAUGGGAACAUCCACAAUGUCUGGUCAUUAUGUAUGUCAUAUCAAAAAGGAAGGAAGAUGGGUGAUUUACAAUGAUCACAAAGUAUGUUUGUCAGAAAGGCCCCCAAAAGACUUAGGCUACAUUUACUUUUACCGACGCCUGUCCAGCUGCUAGACCUGCACCUUCCUAACCGUAGAGCUGCACAGCCUGCCGGGCACACAGGAGGAGGAGGACACCACUGACACUGCUGGACUCCCAAGAGCCAUUCACACGGAAGAGACGUAGAGAGGAACCCUCACACCCCACCCAGACCAGCUCAAAGCUCACUACACUACAGGCAUGGUCAGAAAGGGGGAAUGAAUGUGUUUGUUCAGCUUGCGUGAUUGGUUAUUUCUUUGUUGUUGCUUUGUUGAGAGUGGCAUAUAUUCUGUACUAGAGGUACAGAGGGAUGUGUGCAAUUUUGAAAUAUGCAGAUUAAUGUCCUAAUAUAUACACAAAGAUUUCUUUUCUCUUUCAAUGCCUUGAGUUACUGUGCCAGUAUUUUUCGAGAGGUACAUACUUCGUAUUGUUUUUUCCUUUAUUUUGGAAAAUAUACAUGUGUGCCUGGAUGUGGAAGUAUCGCUACUGCCAGCCCCGCGCACUGCUCUGAAUGCAGUUACUUUGAAUUACAUUUUUUGGAUGAGCACUGGAACACCUUACUGUGUACUGCACAAGGAAAGGAAAGCAGGCAAAGUGGAAUUAAGGUACCAUAAUGUCAUGCACAACUACUCACAAAUGGCUAAAUCAGAGGAAGACUGACUUGCCGGAAGGAAGAAGGAGUAUGUGUUUCUUUAUAGGAAUGAACCAAUGCACUGGAACAGUAUCCUUACAUAUCUUUUGAUGUUUUGAUCGAUACAAGCUGAUUUAUUUUAUAUCCUGGAAAACUUCAGCACAGUGGGAAUACAAUAAGUCAUGCAGGUUGACAUCUAGGUCAGUGUUAUAUGAUGGGAAAAUGUACCAAUGAAUUUUUUUUGUGCAAUAGUAAAGUGCUUUACUCUCAUGACCUCUUCCAGUUUCUCUGACUGGACAGGUCUAAUUCAUCAAAGCUGAAGGUUUUUUUUCAUCUCAGUUUAUUCUCGCUUAUAACAAAUAUAGUGACAAACUAUUUGUAUCCAAUAACUAAGCAAUAUGUAGUGACAAGGUGAUCCGAAUUUCUAAUAUCAUAUGCAGUGUCUUACAUAAAACUCAGAUAUCAGUCUUUUUCAGAUAUUACAGUGCCAUGCACAUUGAAUGUACUCUCUAUGGUGCUCAGUAAUACCAAAUCGUGCUCAAGCUUUAUGAUUUUUGACUCUUUUUCUUCUUUUUCCCCUCUGUUCCUCUCAAAAGUAUAAAGUAAGAUGCAUAUGAGGAAUGCAUAUUUGCUUUCUCUCUUGACCCAAGGAAAUCACCCACUAUACUGGCCAUAAAUACUUCAUCUAUGGGACGUUUGCCCAAAAUACACAACUCAGCACACAAGCAAAGGUUCCUUUUUUGAUACAGUGCAGUUUGCCUCUCUCACUCUCUUGCUCUUUCUCUCCUCUCACUUUCUCUCUCUCUCUCACUCUUAUUUGAAAGGGUAGCUGGAAAGCUAAAGAACAAGGCAUACUCAUGCUGUACGUCUCUACGCUCUUCCCGUCUUCCCUUUUCUCUUAGGAGGUCUCUGUAGGCUGACACUCUGAUCGCCUCCUUCUAAAACAUGCCUUGAUAUUAUCAGCUUGUGCACUAAAGUUCAGAAGUUAGCCAGUUGAUGUUUUGAAUUGUAUAGUUGAUCUUUUGUGGUUCAUCUGUUUCUUCAUUUUUUUUUUCAUGGAACUGAAUGUCAAGUGGUUCAAGUUUUUAUUUAUUUUUUUUUUUCCUCUUUUUGCAAAAAGAAGUGUGCCAACUCUAUAGUUACUAUACAAAUUUCCACAACUUGUGUAAGGUCUUUUGUAAUGGAUCUUCCUAUCCAAAUAUGACUUUCAACAGAACUUUAUGAAGGGCAAAUGUGGGUGCGUUCACAAUACCAAUCUUUGCAAUCGAACUCAUUACUCAUGUUUGGAUUAUUCAAUAAACCACAUGAUUGUUGAUUGAU